CAUUGACAACGCACCGUAAACAAAACACCAAAUUCGUGGAAAAAACACAAAGACGAUUUGGAUUUUCCCGUUUUCUUAGUACCGAUAUAAUCUCGGAAAAUGCCAAGUCACUGUUCAAAACUUUAAGGUAUGUUUUGAAGAUCACGAGUUACAUUCCUUUAAGCCUUAAGUGUUGUAAAGAAAUAAAUGCGAAAUGAAUGCGCCAUUUUAAUCAACACUUUUAAGUUCUGAAAAAACCCAAAGAAAACGAAAAACAAAAACAAACAACAAACAACCCAACUCAUUGUCGAGUUAGAACAGAUCUACAGGGUUUCAUUGGUUUGUAUGGGUAUCAAACCAUCGUUUACCGUCUCCAAUAGAGACAUACAACUAUGUAAAGAAAUUUAAAAAAAAACUGUUCAUAAUAACUGUUUGAAAUGAUUAAUAUAUAAAUUACGAAACAUUUACACAAUUUGCUUUUCAAACUACGAUACAUUUCAUUUCUGUGCCUCAAUGACUCUAAAACACUCUUCAAAGGAAAAUGGCUGUGCAGUCACACAGCUUUAAACGCGUGACAGAAAUGUUCUUAGAGUAAUUUCAUAUUUUAAAAUAAUUGACAAAGUGUUUUGGCUAAGCAAUUGUUAUUUUUUUUUUAAAUAAAAAGUUUUAAACUCUUUAUGACGAUGAAGAUACAUUUAAAUAAAACAAAAAAAGAUAUAAAACUGAAGGCUAUAUUACAAUACACGCUCAUGUAAUUUGCAUAUUUGGCUAGCGUCCAACGAUUUAUGCUGUCUGUCAUAAGCAAAGUGUUAAUGAUGAACGAUUUACGUUUACGUAACAAAUUUAGGUAAAGUGUGAACCAUUUAGGUUUCUUGCACAAACUAAAUGAUAAUGAUGAAUGAUUUAGGCUUCUGGCACAAACUAAAUGAUAAUGAUGAAUGAUUUAGGCUUCUGGCACAAACUAAAUGAUAAUGAUGAAUGAUUUAGGCUUCUGGCACAAACUAAAUGAUAAUGAUGAAAGAUAUAGACUUCUGUCACAAAAAAAAAAAAAAAAAAUAAUGAAGGAUUUAGGCUUCUGACACAAAAAAAAAAAAAAAAAAACAAACAAACAAACACACACGCACACACACACACACACACACAACACAAAACUAAACGAACCAUCUUUAAAUGAUGAGCAGUUUUAGUUUUCUGUCAUAAAAAAAUGUCUAUGAAUAAAGAUUUAGGAUUCUGUCACCCUAAAACUCUAAAUCCAGUUAAGCAGUGAUCGACUUUUGUCCUUUCCCUCCGGUUUAGACAACAUGAAAGCAGGACUCCGUGUUGUCCGUGGACCGGACUGGACGUACGAGGACCAGGACGGUGGUGAAGGUCACGUGGGGACAGUGGCGGAAGUCGGUGGCCAGAACGGGGUGAAGGUUCCCGAGAAGUACGUCACCGUUGUUUGGGACUCGGGGGAGAAGCACGAGUACAGAGCUGGACACGAGGACGCGUUUGACCUCUAUGUCUUCGACAACGCUCAGUGUGGUAAGAUUCGUAAAACUACGGUAGGAUUCGUAAAACUACGGUAGGAUUCGUAAAACUACGGUAGGAUUCGUAAAACUACGGUAGGAUUCGUAAAACUACGGUAGGAUUCGUAAAACUACGAUAGGAUUCGUAAAACUACGGUAGGAUUCGUAAAACUACGAUAGGAUUCGUAAAACUACGGUAGGAUUCGUAAAACUACGGUAGGAUUCGUAAAACUACGGUAGGAUUCGUAAAACUACGUUAGGAUUCGUAAAAUAUGGUAAGAUUCGUAAAAUUUUUAUUGUUGAUUUUUUCCCGCCAUUUUUACCUUAACUUAGUUUCAAACAAACGCCAAAUGGAUAUCGCGUACCUUGGUUAAUAAUCCGUGGGUUAUUCGAUCUUAGAAAAUUUUUGAGUUUCGAUACAACUUUGACCAUGUAGAUAACGUUUAAAAUUACAACUGAGGAUAUUUGAGAGACGUUCAAAUUAUAGAAUGGCCCACAAACUUGACACCCUUGCCACACAAAGUCGUAAACAGAAGACAACAAACGCGUUGAAAUGAAAGCAUAUUCGUUUAAAGAAAAAAAAAUAAACAAAAUUAUAGAAUAAGGCGCCACUUAUCUCAAUCUCAUUGUGAUCGAUGUUGUUUCGGAUAAACAGUUUUUAGAAUAAUCGAACAUUCCCACGGAAAGGUUUGGGUUAAAGAAUUCAGCCCAUAGAGUAGAAAAUAUUCGUACAUUACACACGCGUGGUGCUCACCUGCCUUUUCUGUCAUCUACAGUUAUCAUAAACGGUGUAUCUGGAUAAGAGGGUUGUUGUUAAAAUACGGUUUGAAAUAGAAUUUGUUUUCGGUGUUUUUACACCAAUGUAUAUUUUACUUUUUUUUUUUACCAACAAUGCCAUUCGCAAUUUUUACGUUAAAAUUGAUUGGAAGAGGGGUGUGUUGGGGAAGAGUGUAGAUCUCGGUGGUUGGCGUAUUCUUAAAAAAAAAAAUUUUUUGUUGUUUUUUCACCAAUUUAUUUUUUUUUUUUUUUUUUUUACCAACAAUGCCAUUCGCAAUAUGUACGUUAAAAUUUAAAAAAAAAAAAGAAUCCAACAAAAUUAGUUCGGAUAACCGCCGUUUUGAAAAUUUGGAGUUCGGAAAAUUGAAGAUGUAAUGAAAUUAUUUAUUUCCAAAAUUUAAAUCUAUUAAUAAUUUUUCUGCACUAACAGUGCCUUGAUUUAAUUACUUAUAUUGAAAGAGUUCUGGUGACCCUUUGCCUCAACUGUAAGGUAACGGCAGUUUUAGUUACGAUAUGUGUAGAAGGUAUUUUAAAAAUCCUUUUUUUGUUUUUUCCUUCUUUACUUUUCUCUUUGAUGACAAUAUUUUACACUUGUUAAUGGAUCUAGUCAAGUAACGCACCCAAUUUUUUUUUUCAAUGAACAGGUGUGAGGCAUGAGGCAGCUAUAACAUGUGUGGAGUGCCACAAGCGGGGCAUCGAAGGCUUCAGGUGGACGUGCGCCCAAUGUCCCGGCGCCGUGCUGUGUACCACAUGCUACAUGAACGACAAGCACGACUUGUCCCAUGCCUUCCAGAGACAAGACACUCGGAGAUCUGCGGGGUAAACACUUUGGCUAGAGGCUAGAAAUAGCGGGCCGUAACAUAUAAUCUCUAUUGUUGGUGCGCGAAUUUUUUUUUGGAUUUUGUAACGUCAAGAUUUAUGACGCUUAGUUUGACACAUUGCACGGCUGUAAAAGAAGUUAUAGUGGUCGUAAUCGACGCACAUGUUAUCUUCAAUCAUUUUGAAAAAUAAGAAAUGCCAGCCCGUCAGCAAUGUAGGUCUAUUCAAGAGGGUUUCCAAAGGGUGUUCAUGAAUGUGGGUCUCAAAAUCUGUGUCACUAAGUUGUGGUCUCCGAAUGUGGGUCUCCCAGUCUGAAGUCUAUAGAUUGGUGUCUCUCUGUCUGGGCGUCUAAAUUAGGGGGUCACCGAAUGUGGAUCUCCCAGUUUGAGACUCUAAAUUGGGGUCUCCAAAUGUGGGUCCCCAAAUGAUAAUCUUCAAAUGCUGUUCCCCAAAACGUUAAGAAUCUUUACAAAAUUGAUCACAUCUUAUUGCAAUACUAUAGAACAACUUUACGUUUCAAUGGUUGCACAUUUAUUAAAGAGUUGUACCGACAGUUUGCUCGUAACAUAUGUUAUUCUCACCACAAUCUAGCGUUCCUGUACCCAAGAGAUGUGACAGCCAGAAUGACAAGCGUGAAGCCCAGGGAAUCUUUCCUGGUGCCAUCGUGCGUCGAGGACCUGAUUGGAGAUGGGAGAAUCAGGAUGGUGAGGAACUUGCUCGUAUUAAAUAGUUCUUGUCACAGAAAAAUGAAAGAACAUAACCAUUGGGCGGCUAGAGUUUGUGACGCCCCGCGUGGUCUUUGGCUUCGAUGCCCCGGGCGAUUUUUUUGGCUUUGUCGCCCCAUAUACAUGUUAAUCGUAAUACCUGGAGAUUAAUAAAAGACAUAUACAAUAUUGAAUUAUAUCUAAAACGUGGCCCUCCUCAUUCUAUGCUUUUAGCCGAAACUUCCUUUUAGUUGUAUUAUACUUUUUCCUCAAGCCUAAAACAUACCUUGUUCCGCUAUUUAUUUUCUUUCUAUGCACCCACGCCAAGAAACCGAAGAGUGAUACUACGCUACACAACCAAGUCACGUCAGCAUCAAUAGGCUUUGUCAUUUCUCAGACCGGAAAACGUCAUAGCGUACUAUUUUUAGAAGGUCGGCGGACAGAUAUUGCUUAAAACAUGGCAGCUUAUAGUGUGUUUCAGCAUAUCGUUCGGGCGCUCCUUGUAUCUAGAGUUACGGUUAUAUAUGCCGUUCACGCAAUGAAGACCCAUUUCAGAAAAUAGAAGUAAAAAAAAAAUGUGUAAAAUAUUUCGUAAAACAGAGUUGUAAACAAGCGUCAGGGACACUUCGCUAACAUAGCAAUACUGAACAGUGUUGACAUUUUGUCCGCGCUGAGUACCCGGAUGAUCAGUAAUGGUGACAUCAGUUCUAUUAAUAGAUUUCCGCCAUUAAAUGACAAGCCCUAUAUCGCAGUGGCGACGUCAUUAGUUUAAACUAGGAAGUGUGGCAAGCAUUAAUUAAAUAAACUUCAACGUACCGGCACUUAAUGUUGACAAAAUGUCCCGGCCCCAAACAUUGUUAAACCCUUUGUCUUAACUUUGCUUCGUUUCUUGCGCUUGUGGCAAAAUCGUCGGAAGGCUAAAUGACCCACUUCCCGUCAUCCUUUUUGAGCUGAAUGUCAACGUCAUGAAGUCAGACGCAGUGUGUGGGAUUUGAAUUGGUGACAAAUGGGGCUAGUGGGCGAGGGUGGACCCUUUUCAUGUCACGGACGAGUGCAAGUUGGAGUCAACGAGGCGUGAGAUUGUCAGUGUCGACGAGGGUCGAGCGGGGAUACACAGAGAGAUUGAAUGAAGGAUUCAGAGGGUGGUUGUAUUAUGUUCGCGGACGAGAGAGUGAACUAAGGAGUUUUGAGUGUGAGAUAGAGUGAGCGACAGCGAUAGUUCACAUAGCUCGCUGUGAGAUGUUUCGCCUAAAUGGAAUAGUGUUCUACAGAUGUAGUUAUGAAUGAACUUCGAUGUGUAGCUUACCAAGUGGAUGUGCUCGAGUUCCGUGAAAUAAAACCAGUAAUAUAUCAAGGAUCCCUUUUACCGUUGUUUGCUUCGAGUGGUAAGACCACUGAAGAUAGACCAGGUGGAAGCUGUGACAUGAGAAUAUUAGACACCAACUAUAGUCGCCAUCAGCAUAAGACCUAAGACGACGAAAUAAUUGACACCAGGCCAAAUAUUUGACACUGAACUUUGGCACAUAGACUCGUUGCAGAUGACAAUAUAAUCUAUAAAAUAUUGAGCUCCACUUCCAAUCCCAAAAAUCAGUUUUUCCUGUUUUUCAUGGGUUGAGGGGAUGUUAAUUCAAUGGGAGCGUGUUUUGGUGUGGAGAUUAAUUGUGUAGCUGUUGCUAAGGGCUUUGCAUUAAUUUGUGACGUAUUUGGGGAUGUCGUAAAAAUAAAAUGGAUUUUUGAAGAGGGAAAAUGAAGGAAAUAUGAAACGUGUUUUCGCCAGAAGUUUACCCAUUACAUAAAACCGCUUCUUAAUAAAUGAUAAAUUGCUUACAAUUCUAUAAAUGCAAAUAAAAAAAAUGCAUAAAAGAUUUAUACGAAAAGCUUUGUUUUUAGUGGCUGUUUACUUUAUUCCUUAUUUAAUUUUUAUAGCAGAAAAAAAUUUGGAAUUUAUUUGACAAGUUGGUACUUUUCAUAAGGGCAUGAGUAGGCUAAUCAUUAGAUUAUAAUAAAUUUGACCAAUGUUUACCAAAAUAUUAUAUGAUGAUUUAAAAAGAAAAAAAAACGCAUUAAAAAAAUCAAAACACUUUAACUGUCGCGAAGGUGGCGAUGGAAACACGGGCAAGGUGAUGAAGAUGCACGACAGCGGCUCUGGGGUGCUGUUCUUGGUUGGCGGGACCUUUCGCUCCGAGGUCAUCGUCCAGUGGACCAACGGCGUAGCGAGGAACUACAGGGUUGGCCACGACGGCAACCUGGACGUCAAGUGUGUCACGCCAUCGUCAGGCGGUCCUUACUACAAGAGUCAUCUCCCCAUCUUAGGUCAGUCUUAUAAUAGCCACGAAGCUGAACGUCACUUAAAAAAAAACAACAACAACAGCACAAAAAAGUACAUCAAUUUCAAAAACACAAAAGAGUGCAUCACUUUCAACAAAACAAAAAAUUGCAUCACUUUAACAGAUAACAAAAAAAGUACGUCACUUAAAAAAAAAAAUACAUCACUCUCAACUAAACAAAAAAAUGCAUCACUUUUAACUAACCAAAAAAUGUGCAUCACUUUAAAAAAAUAAUAAUAAAAGUACAUCACUUUAAAAAGAAAAAAGUACAUCACCUUCAACAAAAAAAAAGUGCAUCACUUUAACAAAUAACAGAAAAAGUAUAUUUCUUUCAACGAAUCAAAAAAGGUACAUCACUUUCAAGAAAACAAAAAAGUGCAUCACUUUUAACUAAACAAAAAAGUGCAUCACUUUUAACUAAACAAAAAAGUGCAUCACUUUUAACUAAACAAAAAAGUGCAUCACUUUCAAGAAAACAAAAAAGUACAUCACUUUUAACUAAACAAAAAAGUGCAUCACUUUUAACUAAACAAAAAAGUGCAUUACUUUUACCUAAAUAAAAAAGUGCAUCACUUUUAACUAAACAAAAAAGUGCAUCACUUUUAACUAAACAAAAAAGUGCAUCACUUUUAACUAAACAAAAAAGUGCAUCACUUUUACCUAAACAAAAAAGUGCAUCACUUUUAACUAAACAAAAAAGUGCAUCACUUUUAACUAAACAAAAAAGUGCAUCACUUUUAACUAAACAAAAAAGUGCAUCACUUUUAACUAAACAAAAAAGUGCAUCACUUUUACCUAAACAAAAAGUGCAUCACUUUUACCUAAACAAAAAAGUGCAUCACUUUUAACUAAACAAAAAAGUGCAUCACUUUUACCUAAACAAAAAAGUGCAUCACUUUUAACUAAACAAAAAAGUGCAUCACUUUUACCUAAACAAAAAAGUGCAUCACUUUUAACUAAGCAAAAAUGUGCAUCACUUUAAAAAAUAAUAAUAAAAGUACAUCACUUUCAAGAAAAACAAAAAAGUGCAUCAUUUCAACAAAACAAAUCAUGCUAAAGGAAUACUUAAUGUUCAGAUUUCUUGCAGACCAGGUGACGCGCUGAAACAAAACACGCUUGUAAACGCUGUCACCGUCCAUCACAAACUAAAACUGUCAAACAAAUAAAGAACAAAUAAAGAACAAAUAAAGAACAAAUAAAGAACAAAUACAGAACAAAUAAAGAACAAAUGAAGAACAAAUACAGAACAAAUAAAGAACAAAUACAGAACAAAUAAAGAACAAAUAAAGAACAAAUAAAGAACAAAUAAAGAACAAAUAAAGAACAAAUAAAGAACAAAUACAGAAAAAAUAAAGAACAAAUAAAGAACAAAUAAAGAACAAAUAUAGAACAAAUGAAAAAAAUAAUAAUAUCCUUAAAACUCUAUUUAAACCAAAAUCUAUUGUUGAAUUCUUGCAGGUGAUAAGGUCACUGCGCUUGGGAACAAGCUCUUUGUGUUCACCGUUAUACAUUGGUGUGUGUUUUUCGUUUGUAAUUACGCUUAAACACAAAUCUCUUGUCAAGAUUGUUUGCUUGGAUUUUGUGUAUCUAUUAAUCAGUGGUGCGUUUAGAAUUUUAUAGCUAAACUAGAAAUAAUCCGUCAAACAAUGGCGGCGGCAAUGCUUGACCUUAGCAGAGGCGUAGCGAUGGGAGGGACAAGGGGCGUUCAUAUGUACCCGGGUGCCAAGAUACAUGGGCGCCAAAAUGAUGUUUUUUUGUUGUUUUUUUAAAUUGUAUUUGAAAAAAAAAUUUUUAUGUACAGCGCGGUGAGCCCAGCCCUAGGCUGAGGUAACGCGCUAUAUAAGACGUCUUAUUAUUAUUAUUAUUAUUAUUAUUAUUCUUUAUGCAAUGUAAUAGAAAAAUGUGAUUAAACGGGGAGGGGGCUGGGGAGCCAAUUUUAUCGUUCGUCCCGGGCGCAAAAUAUCAUAGCUACACCUCUGCUUUUAAGGCAAAACGUUUUGAAAGAAAGUAUUAUUUUUUCUUGACAUUUGUAAUAUUUAGAGUGUAAAAUUUAUAAAUCUUCCAUGUCAUGUCAGUAUUUNAAAAAAAAAAAAAAAAAAAAAAAAAAAAAAUAAAAAAAAAAAAGCUUGCUUAGAUGUUGGCACUAACAUAUUUAUUUUGUCAGAUUUAAAUACGAUUUACGUUAAAAAAAAAUAAUCUCACUAUCAGUGUUUUUAAGAAUCUCACUAACAAGGAGAAAUGGAACAAAACUUUAUAAGCCGUCUAGUGCACUCUUGGGGACAUUGUAUUUUUCGCACUAUUGAACAGAGUUUUACAGUCGCACCCAUACAUACAUGCACCCAUACAUAUACCCAUACCAAGUGAAUUAUUAUUUGUUAUUUUAUAAUAAAGUUAAUUAAUAUAACCAAUUUAAAGAGCUCUUUCUGUAUUAAUAAAUAAUAGUAAUUUUUUUUAACAUUAUUGCCUAAAUAAAAAAAAUUUAUCUUAGACCAUCCUGUAAUGACUAUUUUACAGAAAAAUCUCAUAUUUUAUAUAAGAUUUCAGCCAAGUUUACUCCUGGCAAAUUUAAAGUCCAACGUGCAAGACGCUCCGAUAUCGUUCGAUCGGUUCGAUUAUCCUGACCUCUAGAAUGAUUCAAAUUCAUGCCCUGACGUCAUGGUGUCUAUUAUUACAGGUAAAAUGAAUGAAGAAGUUGCAGGAUCUGACGAAAGCUUACAAGGUCUCCAGGAGCGUAUGCAAGAGGAUCUCACAAGACGAAUGCUAAUGGAGCCCAUUUUAGGAAUGAUUGGAGGCCUAGGGGCAGCCGGCGGCAUCCAAGGGGUCCCCGGACUUGGAGGUCUUGGUUCCCUGGGAGUCAGUCUAGGACUCGGUGCUAUGGAGGGACUGAGCAGACUCCUACAAGGUUCUGAAGACGGCGAUUCGGUAACUGCUUUCUGUAGUAAACUUAGUGCGAUAUUUUACAAGUAUAAUAAUACAAAGAUAACGUUUUAUAAUGAAGCUUAUUUGGUGAUGGCAAAUAUAUGUUUUUUUCCGAUGUUCUAUCUAAAUAUUAUUUUUGAUUUAUUUAGUUUGACGUAAAUAGAUAAGUUAUAUCCAGCUAAAAAUAGAACAAGACAGAAUUCGGCUAAACUAACAUACGACUAUAUCCUGGGUCUGAAUAAUUGUUUUAUUAUUAAAGAGAUUGAUUUGGUAAUAUAGAGUGUAGGAUAGCGUUCAGUGAUGCCCUGGAGUGACCAAGAAGUCUGUUUAUGGAGUGGCCAAGUGAUCCGUUUAGUGGUGGACCGGAGUGACCAAGGAGGGAUAAGUCUUUUUUAGCCAAGAUCACAGAAAGCCUUAUCAUCAAGGUGGUCAUAAGACGCAAAGAAAUUAAAAUAUAAUUUACAAUUUAAGAAAAAAAUAAGUAUACAACGUAGAGAAGGAUUUACACCGUUGGUGUAAUGGAGACGGAAAGCCAUGGAUCGUUCCAAAUAGAACGAUGUGGUGGAGCAGGCCAGGGCCCUACGUGGGCUGUAGCGCCACUGAUGAUGAUGAUUAAGUAUACAAUUAGAGUUUAUAAAUCGAUGCAAUACACCAAAACCCAGAGCACACGAUGGUUAUUGGAUAAGCAACUGCAAUUGAUAUAGAGCCCAAUCAAUGGCUUGUAGGUCCUGUAUGAUAUCAAUGGAACAUCCCUGAGUGGUCUUUUAGUAGUGAUAACGCUGAGUGGAUUGGUUUGUAAAUCUGAGGAGAUAAUAGGUAUUAUUUGGUUUUCAAAUCUCAGGAGAUAAUAUGUAUUAAUAUAUCUACUGGUUUUCAAAUCUGAGGAGGUCAUAGGUAUUAGUUGGUUUUCAAAUCUGAGGAGGUCAUAGGUAUUAGUUGGUUUUCAAAUCUGAGGAGGUCAUAGUUAUUGACUGGUUUUCAAAUCUCAGGAGAUAAUAUGUAUUAAUAUAUCUACUGGUUUUCAAAUCUGAGGAGGUCAUAGGUAUUGACUGGUUUUCAAAUCUGAGGAGGUCAUAGGUAUUAGUUGGUUUUCAAAUCUGAGGAGAUAAUAUGUAUUAAUAUAUCUACCGUUUUUUUUGUUUUUGCCAUCAAAUGUUAAAACUUCAUAAUCUUCAAUAUUUGUCAAGCGGAAAAAUAUACGCAUUCAUUGUUAUUAGUCUGUUAAAAUUCAUUAUGUAGCGAACAUGUUUUAACCUUAACAAGAUAUGCGGGCAUAAAGAGGACAUGUUUGUUUUAUGAGAUAUAAUUAAUAAACUAACACUAUACUCAAAGCGGUUGGCUAACCCCUCACUUAAAACAUAGGUCUCUAUAACAUUUGGGCCACUCCUAUACUUUAUCUUUGACUUAUCUUAUUAUUAUUUAGCAUAAUUUGCAAGUGGAUAUUUAUCAAUGCACAAGAAUAAUGACAAUACAUAAGUGCCCCUGGCGGCCAAAUUACCAGCAGACGUGGCCCAAGUGGCAGAAGCGGCACACAUUUCGACGGCAGAAGCGACGCAGGUGGCCCAAAUAUCACCUGUAGGGCAUACCAGGCGCCCCAAAUGUGCCCGACCUACGAGGCGAAUUUUUCAAGGUGUCCCGGUGGGCGAGUCCAUCACUGGUAGCGUUGUCCAUUUCAGAAUUAAAUGUUCAUUGUAGACCUAUCUUAAAACACCACGAGUGCCUCUGUUUUUAUAAAUGUCUCUCAACUUUCCCUUCAAGGCAAUAGUUCAAGAAAAGGACACCAAAAAGGGAGCCUCAAAUUAUAACACGGGCGACCGGGUUGUUCGUGGCCCAGAUUGGAAGUGGGACGACCAAGACAACGGCGAGGGUCAACUGGGAACAGUCGUGGAACCGUCGGUCCUGGAGGUUCCUAAAGGAUCGUCGAAAUGCGUGUUUGUUGUCUGGGAUUCUGGGAAGCGAUGCAUGUACCGGGCUGGCCAGGAAGGAUGUUAUGACCUGAGGGUCCUGGACAGCGCCCAGAGUGGUCAGUUCUCUUUAGAUAUGCAAAAAAUUACCUGUUUAUUCUGUUUAAAAAAACACAAUUAUAUAUAUAUAUAUAUAUAUAUAUAUAUAUANAUAUAUAUAUAUAUAUAUAGAUAUAUAGAUAGAUAGAUAUAGAUAUAUAUUGCUAAGGGACAAAUGAAUAUUCAAAGCAACUAAAAACGUAAAACAAGCAGCUUCAUUUGUUAUUUUCUUAGAAAACUGUUAAUGAACGUUAGGAUAUUUCACAGAAUCAAAGUAUUUAAUCACGUCUUUACUUUCAUAUAACUCAACCAUCCAACACCAAGACCAUGGCAGACGUGAUUAUAAUAUUGCUCGAUUAGAAACUCUCCUUAGCAGACUGUACUUAAAUGAGAUCGAACACUUUCUUUGUGUGAGUUUCAUUGUGGCCGAACUGGUCCUGUUCUAUGAUAGGCGUAAGACAUCCCGAUGUAUUGUGCGAUGGUGACUGCAAGUCCCAGAGCUUCGAAGGCCUGCGAUGGAACUGCAAGGAAUGCCCCGACCUUAACCUCUGCACGUACUGUUAUGGCAGGGAUCAGCACGACGUCACCCAUUCCUUUUGGCGGAUUAAUACACCGACAUCGAAACGGUAACGAAGGACUACUUUCUAGUUUUGCUUUUCUAAUGAUUGUUAUCUGAAGAUAAAUUUAACAGAGCAAUAAAUAUUCCAUCAAAUGGGAAUAACUGCAUGGGGCCUUGUCCUAAAAAUAUCUUUGGUGGUGGCGGAUGGUGUUGGGGGAAGGAAAAAACGAAAGGGCCACCAAGAACAUGAUAUCUGUUUUCUGUGUAAAGUGAAAGGAGUUUCUACGCUGAGUGAUCACACGGAAAGCUGUCUAACGGAUAAGUUAACUUGUUGGCCAAUAAACCUUAUGACUUUUGAGUCUUAGAAGCAAGUGUUACGUGCUGUUAUCAGUAUGUAGAAAUUAAUCUCUUACUUAAGUAGAUGGCGAGUACUAAAACAGUACACAACAAAAGACAAUAUCAUAAAUUAAAUACAUAAACAGAGAAAACGAUGCCCAAACAAGGGCUAAUUACAAUUAAUUAAUUUUAUUAUUUUAAUAAUACAUUACAAAAUUUAUAAUAAUAAUCAUUAAACAAAUAAAGCUAUUGACUGGUAUAAUGAUUGGCUUGUACCCGUACAAUGUUGAAGAAGAUACAAUGUUGUGAAAAGAUAAAAUGACGAAGACGGAAUGUACACUCACACACUGCAAAUCUUAGUAAACAAAUCUCUUUCUCGCAUAGCAAAUCUCUAUAAAGAUUUCUAAACUAUUUCUCCCUUCCUUCCUGUCGCUUAAUAUACUAUAUUUAGCCUGUUUCAAAGAAAUUUCUCGAACGGGCUUACGCAUUGUUUUCUUUUCCUGACUUGUCUAGAUUUUUCUACAGAAUUCUAAUAAGUCAUACUAAAAUUUUUAUUUAAGUGCAAACAAUGUCAGGGGAGACUAUUUUUAGUUAGCUACACCCUAAAUGCGGUUCCGAGCUUGGGGUCAGCUAGAGUUCACUCACUGGAAAGAUGACGUAAACACGUUGUCUACAUAACACAAGACACUCAAUCUGUAAACACGUCGUCUACAUAACACAAGACACUCAAUCUGACCCACAAAAAAAAAUAGUUCUCACUAUUGAGCUAUAAUAUCUUUGAUGAUUAUCAACAUACUUUUACACUUCAUUCGUUAAUGUUUCCUUCUGUCUUUCUCUAUAUUUCCUGCUCUCUCUCUUUCACACUCUCACUCUCUAUUAAACAGAUUCAGUUUCUCACUCACGCAUCACUCAACCACCCUAAUCAAUUGAGAACAUAAAGCUUAAAGAGCGUGAUCAUUGUUUCUUAUCAGAAUAUCCGUGGGCAAACGUUGCGACAGUCAGAAGGUUCAAAUGAACGGAAUUUUUCCUGGUGCCACUGUUAAACGAGGUGGAGACUGGAAAUGGGACAACAAAGAUGGUAUGUUUAGAAAUGGGACAAACAAAGAUUGGUAUGUUUAGAAAUGGGACAACAAAGAUGAUAUGUUUAGAAAUGGGACAACAAAGAUUGGUAUGUUUAGAAAUGGGACAACAAAGAUGAUAUGUUUAGAAAUGGGACAACAAAGAUUGGUAUGUUUAGAAAUUGGACAACAAAGAUUGUUAUGUGUAGAAAUGGGUAUGUUUAGAAAUAGGACAACAAGGGUGAAGAGUGGGGUCAAUAACUUGUGACCAUCUUUCAUAAGGGUGACUUAAUUGUGACAAAUUUUUGUCGUAAUUUAUGGACGGACCCUAAGUAAUCAUUAAGACAAAUUUGUGACGUGAUUUGUGGACGGACCCUAAGUAAUCAAGACAAAUUUGUGACGUGAUUUAUGGACGAACCCUAAGUAAUCAAGACAAAUUUGUGACGUAAUUUAUGGACGAACCCUAAGUAAUCAAGACAAAUUUGUGAUGUGAUUUAUGGACGAACCCUAAGUAAUCAAGACAAAUUUGUGACGUGAUUUAUGGACGAACCCUAAGUAAUCAAGACAAAUUUGUGACGUGAUUUAUGGACGAACCCUAAGUAAUCAAGACACAUUUGUGACGAGAUUUAUGGACGAACCCUAAGUAAUCAAGACAAAUUUGUGACGUGAUUUAUGGACGGACCCUAAGUAAUCAAGACAAAUUCGUGACGUAAUUUAUGGACGAACCCUAAGUAAUCAAGACAAAUUUGUGACGUGAUUUAUGGACGAACCCUAAGUAAUCAAGACAAAUUUGUGACGUAAUUUAUGGACGAACCCUAAGUAAUCAAGACAAAUUUGUGACGUGAUUAAUGGACGGACCCUAAGUAAUCAUUGAGACAAAUUUGUGACGUGAUUUAUGGACGGACCCUAAGUAAUCAUUGAGACAAAUUUGUGACGUGAUUUAUGGACGAACCCUAAGUAAUCAUUGAGACAAAUUUGUGACGUGAUUUAUGGACGAACCCUAAGUAAUCAAGACAAAUUUGUGACGUGAUUUAUGGACGAACCCUAAGUAAUCAUUGAGACAAAUUUGUGACGUGAUUUAUGGACGGACCCUAAGUAAUCAUUGAGACAAAUUUGUGACGUGAUUUAUGGACGAGCCCUUAGUAAUCAAGACAAAUUUGUGACGUAAUUUAUGUACGGAUCAUAAGAAAUCAUUAAGAGUGAAAUUAGCUUUGGGUCUCUUAAAAUCCAUGAGUUUGGAAACCAUGUUUUGUGAAAUUGAUUUUGACCCUUACAAAAAUAAUGAGCGUUUUAAAAUAUUAAUUAUCAACCUAAGGUGGGGAUGGAAAACAAGGCACAGUUGUUGAAAUCAGCAGCUGGUCACCAGAAAGUGGACGCACCAGAGCAGAUGUUAAGUGGUCAGAAAAUCCAAGCAGAAUCCAUCCCACUCGACUAGGACAUAAAGGAAAGGUCGACCUGAAGUGUGUCACUCCUGCUACGGGAGGGUUCUACUACAGGGAUCAUUUGCCUGUUCUAGGUUAGUAGGGAUCUACUAAAGGGAUCAUUUGCAUGUUUUAAGUUAGUAGGCUUCUACUACAGGGAUUAUUUGCCUGUUCUAUUUCAGUAGGGAUUUACUACAGGGAUCAUUUGCCUGUUCUAGGUUUGUAGGGAUCAACUACAGGGAUCAUUUGCCUGUUUUGGGUUUGUAGGGAUCAACUACAGGGAUCAUUUGCCUGUUUUAGGUUAGUAGAGAUGAACUGCAUGGAUCAUUUAAAUGUGCUAUGUUAAUAGGGAUUCUAAUACAGCAGGGGUCUCAAACUCGCGGCCCGCGGGCCAUUUGCGGCCCACAAGACGAUAGUUUUCGGCCCGCGACAUUACAGCAAAUUUAGCGUUAAUAUGACCCGCGUGGUUCCCCCAUUCUCAAAUCUAUAAUGUGACCCUCCGCGACGGUUUCAGUCGAACCUUACCGACUAGUUUAGUUCUGAUUUUUAUUUUGUUUUUUAUAGAUUUUGGCGUUGAUUGUAAUGGUAAAAACCGUUUUAAAAUCGGACUAAAUUUGUUAAAAUUUGUAUCAUUUUAUGCGAAAAACAUGGCGGCCAAAGUGCGGUUUUGAGAAAACACGCUUCGAAUAUUAUGUGGGGCCUAUACAUAUUUCAAAAUUUUAAAAAGUCAGUUAGUGGGUAAUGCACAACCAUAAUUGUGUCAAUCGUAGCAAUCUGAUACAGUCUCAAAGAUCCCUAUUAAAAUUGCCGCUAGUGUUUACUAGGGAGGGAAAUUGUUAACCUGUCCGCUUGGUCACUUGCGCUGUCAGGUCUCUGGCAAUAAGCAGUAGGAGGAAGAAAGUGAAGCCUAGUCCUUAGGAACCCUUAAAGUUUUUACUUGUUAUUACUAAAGUUUGAGCAGAUUGUAACAGUUUUACUUUAUUGAAUUUGUAAACGCUUUUUUGUGGAAUACUUGAUCUGGCCCAGUCUCUGUCAGACUCUACCUCCUGCGGCCCCGGAUGAAUUGAGUUUGAGACUCCCCUGUAAUACAGGGUUAACUCACCUGUGCUGGGCUGGUUAAGAUAAAACAGGUUUUACACUUGACUGAGUAAACUGCUGAAGAAGUGACUUGAAAUUUAGAAGUAUAUUGAAUUUGUCUGCAAGAAUGAGGUUAUGCUGAAUCAUUUUUAACGAAAGUAUUGUCCGUCAGGGUUGAUGAUGACUAAGUUCAUAUAAUCUGUCAUGUGCUGAUUAUAAUUUAUUAUGAUAUCUGUCAUGAGAUGAUGAUAACUCAAGUUGAAUAUUUUGUAUUAAUUAGGGAGGUCAGGCAAUGUGAAUAUUUUGUUAUCAUUAGGUAGAUCAGAUUAUAAUUUAUUAUGAUAUCUGUCAUGAGAUGAUGAUAACUCAAGUUGAAUAUUUUGUAUUAAUUAGGUAGGUCAGGCAAUGUGAAUAUUUUGUUAUCAUUAGGUAGAUCAGACAUAAUGUUUUGUAAUCAUUAGGUAGAUCAGACAAUUCGAAUUUUUUGAAAUCAUUAGGUAGAUCCAAAAAUGUGAAUAUUUUGCUAUCAUUAAGUAGAUCAGACAAUGGGAAUGUUUUCUUAUCAUUAGGUAGAUCAGACAAUGUGAAUUCCAAGUUUUCAGUUGGAGACAAAGUGAAGUGUCUUGGUAAGGUUGAGUCAAUGAAGAAACUACAAAAAGAUCAUGGGGGAUGGACGGAUGCCAUGGCACAGGUCAGUGUUUGAUAUCUAUUUAUAUUUCUAAGGUUUUGUGCUUUUCAAAUAACCUCUUGAUUAUAUGAUACACUAUAACUCAAUAUCGUAUGAUACCACAUAAAUAAAGUUUAUAUGAUACCAUAAAAUCUCGCAAAACGAUGGUGCAUAAUUAAUUGAUAAAAGCAAAAUCAUUCACAACACAUUUUUUGUCUAUAAUCAUUACUUUUAUUAUCAUUAUUAUUAUUACUCCAUUAUUAUGAUUAUUCUUAUCACAUUUCUUAAUGUUAUUAUUACUUUAUUUUCAUAUUAUUAUAUUUUUAAAAAAUACAUUUUUUUUUAUAAAGUGAAUCAUUUUCUCUACUAGUUUCAGCCUCACAAUUUAAAUACUUGUUUUUCUAUUUCCAUUUCCAGUAUAUGAAGAAGGUCGGCACGGUGGACGCCGUGGAUGAUGAUGGAGACAUUAUAGUCCGGUAUGAGGAUAACAGAAAACUCAUAUACAACCCAGAAGCUCUUGGACACGUGAGUUUAAGUUGUUUUUUUUUCGGUGGAUCACGCUUUUUAUUUUUCUAAGAAAAGGAAAAGAUUAAAAGUUACGAUGGAUUGUGGGUAACAUAGACGACUGGCAGCCAGUGAGCCAUUAGUAUGAGAUUUUUUUAUUUUUUUUUACAAUCUUAACGUGUCAACCCGGGUGACACGUACAACCGAUAAAUGUCCUGGGUUCAUCCUUGUAAAGGUUUUAUGCUCAUAUCAACACAGUACACAGCAUCAUUUAUGUAUCAAUAAUUAAUAGAUAAUUUUAAACAUUUACUUGACAGAAAAUUGGGGUUGUUUUUUUGUGUGUUUUUUUUUGUUGUUUUUUUGUUGUAAUCAAGAGCACACCAAUCACUCAGUUCGCUGUUGUGAAUAGAAUGACACAUCUUUGUUACAUUUAGGUUUUCGGUGAAAUUAAAAACAAAGACGUCGCUUGGACCCAGUAACCACUGUGACUGCAAGGGAAAUCGGACAUUGAACAGCCACAAAUAUAUAUAUAAUAUAUAUAUAAUAUAAUAUAUUUAUAUUAGUUCUUAUUGUAGAUUUAAGGAUAUAGUUCUGCAACACAGUCAUAUGGAAAGGGCUGUUAUUGAAUGAAAAUAAUUUUUUCAAAGUGUUUUUGUUGACGAGGUCUCAUUGAAAUUGCAUCCAAUUAAAAAUAUUUUUUUUGCCAACAAACAAAGGGGGAAAAAGUUACAAUAUUCGAACAUUGUCCAGCACUCGUUUACAAUGACGAUCCACAAAGGCGCUAAGACAAUAAUAAAUCAUGAAAGUUAUUCAAGAUUGUUACCGCCGUGAACAGAAGAACGAUGUCACCUUGACAUUUGAAGGCGUCAGGAAAGAAUCCUCCCUGCUUGUUUCAGAUUUUAACGCAUGGCAUUUCUCAAAUUCAGCAAUUCACAUUGUCAGAAAGAUUAAAAAAAAAAAACAAAAAAAAAUUAAACCUUUAAUCCUCAUUUCUUUUCGUCGUCGAGUAAUUGAUUAGUGAAGGUUUGGUGGUUAAAAAAAAAUCUGUACUAGUUAGUAAAGACGUGAGAAAUUUAAUGGUGGAUUAUAGACUGUAGUAAUUAUGAGUGCAUCAUUUAACAAAAAGAUAGAUGUAAGAGAAUGACUCCAACACAUUUUGUACCGACGUGACUGUUUAGGAAAUAUGGGAAAGCGAUGUGUUCAGGAUUGAAAUGAAAAGACGGGACAGUGAAAAGGGCGGUUUGUGUAGACGCUUUCUAGCGGACAAUACAAAGUAAGAUAGAAAGAGAGAGAAAAGAGAGAGAGAGAGAGGGAGAGAUAGAGGGGGAGGGAGCGAGGGAGAGAGAGCGAGAGCGGGGGAACAGAGAGAAAAAUAGUGGGAGAGAGAGAGGGGGGAUAGAGAGAGAGAGGGAGCGAGGGAGAGUGAGAAGGGGAGAUAGAGGGAGAGAGAGAGGGAGAGAGAGGAAGAGAGAGUGAGAAAGGUGGAACGAGAGGGGGAGAGAGGGGAAAAGAGAGGGGGGAGAGAGGAGGAGAGAGAGUGAGAAAGGUGGCAGAGAGAGGGAGAGAAAGAGAGAGAUAAAGGGCGGGAGAGGGGGGGGAGAGAGGGAGAUGAAGAGAGAGAGAGAGAGAUAGAGGGCUUCCGUUUUUCACAAUGCGGGCGGUUUAUAGAGAUCUAUAACACACACACAUGUUUUUGAUUUAUGACUAACUCCUCGUUGGUUUCUUGUUUUGUCACGUCUGCUAUAGAAGGCAUUUAGUCCAGAGGUCCUUUGAAAUGUCCGGUCUUUUCCGAAAAUGUCUGGUUACUUCACACUGCUUCAACGCAGUUCCUCACAAAGCACGUCUCUUUCAUUUAUGUAUCCACGUAUUUAUCAUCCCAAUAAAUCACUGCAUCAGUUCACAGAUGAUCUCCGUCACGUGCAACAAACUUCAAAAUAUUAAGAUUAUUAACCAAUAAAAUCUACAAUGUGUUCAUCCUAGUGUGCUUUCUCUAUGUGUUCCAGAUGUGGCUGAACAGGCCCCAGCCACCGCCAGCAUCAGGCGGUGCCACGCAAACCAAGGAGGAUUCCAAGGGUCCCUCUACAAAACACGGUAAUGCCGAGGCCACCAGUGACCUUACAGCCACGUCACCAGGAGAAGCGGUGCCAGGUGAACCAAGUGGAGGUGCUGAACCGACGACAGUUGGGACCAAUGGAGGGACUGAACCGACAGAACCGGUCGCUGGUGAAACCAAUGGAGAUAUAGAGCCGGUUCCGGGUGAAACCAACGGAGAUACUGAACCGACAGAAACGGUGACAAGUGAAACCAAUGGAGAUACUGAACAGAGAGAUAAAGAUGCUCCUGCUUCAACAGUCCCCGCCGGUGGAGACACGACUGUUGGGACUGCCACUAACACCAAGCGUCUUCGACUACAGCCUCAGUGUAAGAUAUGUAUGACGUCAGACGCCAACGUCGCCUUUGUUCCCUGUGGUCACCUGGUCUGCUGUCCGGAAUGCGCCGGAAGCCUGGAAAGCUGUCCCAUUUGCCGCUCUGAGAUAAAAAAUUGGUUGAAAACCUUUAUUCAAUAGCUUAAUCUCAAAACUCCUCUUUAUAUCCCCUUCCCCAACAGCAGUUUAAGAGUAACUGUAAAAGAUCCCAAUAUAUAU